GCGAGGCAGAGGCUAGACAGAAAUGGCGGUGACUGCAAGGCGAGCAGCAUGAAGUGCUGAUGCAUUACAUGGAUCAAAGCCUACGACUGCCAGGACAACGUUGGGGAAAUGACAAUGGCGUCGAAGUAGGACACCUUGUGUAACGGUCAUUACAAACCCGCAACACCUUCCCGGGAGAGUUUUCAUCUUGUCAGCGGAGGAGAAUCUCACCGGGAGCAUGGCUUCUUACAGCAACCAGUACAUCUUUGGGGAAUUCAGCCCUGAUGAGAUCAAUCAGUUCUUUGUGACUCCACGAUGUUAUGUCGAGCUUCCUCCGUUCAAUGAUAAAGCCCCGUGCGUCAGUCAGUCUUCUGGAACAUACUGCACUCCUGCUGUACCUUAUAUUAUGGAGUCAAUGGGACUGCAGGUUUGUGCAGAAGACUAUCAGCGCAUUGAGUUUGGUGUUGACGAGGUGAUGGAUUCCAAGCCUGUGGGGAUGAACGAUCCUCUAUUCAGGGUGUCAAGCACCCUCAACCCCCAGGCUCCAGAGUUCAUCCUGGGCUGCCAGUCGGCCCAGACGGCUCCUCCAGCAGAUGAUGAUGAUGAUGAUGUCCUUGAUGAAACCCACUUCAACUCGCUGGAUGGCCCUGACUCUGAGGCCUCAGGCCUGGACAAUAACCAGUCAUGCCAGGAUAUGGAUGGACUCUCUGGCAGCCUGGGACAGCGAGAAAAGAAGAAAAAGAAAAAGCGACCGCCAGGGUAUUACAGCUACCUGGACCCGUUAACUGGCAACAGCAGCAACAGUGCAGCAGAUGGAACGCUUAGGAUGGCACUGGUGAACGGACAUGCAAUCGGUGGCCCACACCACAGUGCUGACGAUAUGGACGGUAAGGCAUCGUCGGGGCAUGAACUUUCCACCCCCGGACCUGUCUCCAUGGCAACAUCAGCGGCUGCUGUGACAGCAACCAAGUUUGCCCCGACAUCCACUGCCAAUCAGAGGACUUGUGAUAGCCCUGAUGACUCUUCUUUGGACUUAACAAGUGGAGCUGCAUCUUUAUCAGAUGGAAACAAUGCAAAUUCUUCCUCUUCAUCCUCCUCUCAAAGCAGAGGGAUGACAGAGGGACCGAGGACUGCAGACCAGCAGCCAGAUCCUUUGGCUCCACACAGCCCCCGCUCCAAAUCCCCUCUUUCUCCUUUAGCUGCUGUGGCCACGCCCUCUGUCGCCACUUCCAUAACUACUACUGAACUGGGGGCAAGGGAGUUUGCAGACAUUGCGGUAGCCAAUGGGUUGGCAGAGUCUGAUACUGCUGUAAGUGCAGAUGAACACAAAGAAGACUGUGCCAGUGGGGAGCAGGCUCAGCCGGUCUCCCCAGACUCUGCUGCCCAGUCGGUAGUGACGGGGCAGGCCCAAUCGCCUGUGAUUCCAGCUGCGCCUGCUGCCAACCUCCCCAAAUCUUGGGCUAGCCUCUUCCACAAGUCCAAGCCUCUGCCUGGGGGCCCUCAGGCCUUUGUGGAGGUAAAGCACGUUGUGGAAGUUGUGUCUCCAACACUCGCUACGCCAGACAAGCCUGAGAAAGUCGGGGAAUUCAAAGACGGCCCUGUCCACGUUUCAGAGGAUCCUAUGGCCCCUAAACUUGCAGAACUUAUUGAGAAUGUGAAGUUGAUACAUAAACCAGUGUCUUUGCAGCCGAGAGGACUGAUCAACAAGGGAAACUGGUGCUAUAUCAACGCUACCCUACAGGCCCUGAUUGCGUGCCCUCCCAUGUAUCACCUGUUGAAGUCCAUUCCUCUGCAUAAUGAAACGCAGAGACCGUGUACCUCCACACCCAUGAUGGACAACUUUGUUCGGCUGGUGAACGAGUUCAACAACAUGCCUGUGCCAUCGAAACCCAAACAGCAAGCUGUUGGUGAUAAGACGAUGAAAGACAUUAGGCCCGGUGUUCCUUUUGAACCGACCUACAUUUACAGACUCCUCACUCUCAUCAAGUCAAGUCUUUCUGAGAAGGGUCGACAAGAGGAUGCGGAGGAGUAUCUUGGCUUCACGCUCAACGGACUGCAUGAGGAGAUGCUGGCUUUGAGAAAACUAAUCUCGCCUCAGGAAGAGAAAGCUCCAACACCCAAUGGGCCAGAGUCUCAGCCAGGUGUGGUGAACGAUGUUGCAGAUAAGGAGGAAGAAGGUAGUGAGGAUGAGUGGGAGCAAGUUGGCCCCAGAAAUAAGACUUCCAUCACUCGCCAAGCUGACUUUGUCCGCACACCCAUUACUGACAUAUUUGGUGGGCACAUCAGAUCGGUGGUGUAUCAACAAAACUCUAAAGAGUCGGCCACUCUGCAGCCUUUCUUCACCCUGCAGCUGGACAUCCAGUCAGAGAAGAUCCGCACUGUCCAGGAGGCUCUAGAAACCUUGGUGGCACGAGAGUCGGUCCAGGGCUACACCUCUAAAACCAAGCAGGAGAUCGAGAUCAGUCGGAGAGUGACUCUGGAAGAGCUGCCCCCGGUACUGGUGCUUCAUCUCAAGAGAUUUGUUUUUGAAAAGACCGGAGGCUGCCAGAAACUGAUCAAGAACAUUGAUUACCCCAUUGACCUGGAAAUCAGCAAAGAUCUCUUGUCUUCUGGAGUGCGGAGCAAAGUUGUGAAAGGCCAAAGAACUUACAGGCUCUUUGCAGUUGUCUAUCACCAUGGGAACAGUGCGACUGGCGGUCAUUACACCACGGAUGUUUUCCACAUUGGUCUUAACGGCUGGCUGCGCAUUGACGACCAGACAGUGAAGGUCAUCUACCAGCACCAGGUGAUGAAGCAGAUUGGAGAGCGCACCGCCUACCUGCUGUACUACCGCCACGUCGACCUGCUGUAGACGCGCACUCACACGCAUCCCGACAUACACGCAAGAAAACCCAAAUAUAUUCACAAACGCACACAAAACAUACAUGCUCUAAAUGCACUCGUUGAAAGGACAGUUGACACAUGACAAACGCACACUCGCACACUUACACACACACGUACGCACACACACACACACACACACACACACACACAACUAAUGAACAGGAACACUGCCCAACUUGUUUUCUUGCAAGAUUUCCCUCUUCCCUCCUGUCCCCGCUUCCCUGAGAACCAGCUUUUCCAACACCUUUUUUCCCUUGUCAAUUUUUUCUUUUUGGAGGAAGAGACACACGCUGCAUUCACAAAGAUUUCCCUGUGACUGCGCUCUCUUCUCUGCACCAGUGCUAUUUUUCGUUUUGUCCUUUUUUUGUUUUAAAGCAGCGAGGAAAGGACUGUUGAAUAGAGAGAGAUGGGGUUGGGAUUACAGGUUAGGACCUGAGACGCACCUCUGACUGAGCCCACAGCUCGGCUCGGAUGGCGAACAGUGGACACACACGCGGGAAGAACUAUCUACCACAGGCUGCAAGUGGACCGCAGGGGUAAUUUCUAUUGUUGGAAUGACCUUUUCUAAGGAAAUGACCUAAAAAAUAUCAGUGUUUUGCCUUUUCGUGAAGGACUGUUGGCCGAAAGAAUUCGUAGCAGUUUAAAAGCCUAUUUGAAUUUGCCCUCGUGCAUUGAAAAGGCCCAGCACCAGCAUUAUCACGAGUCUCUCCUCCCAAGGCCAGAUUGUCUUCUUUGCCACCAACACAAAUUCCUCCUCAUCCAUUUCCUCACUUUUACGAUGCUUUUAAAUCUAGAGACAACUAGAGCCAUCAACAACAGGAGAGAAGACGGGUGGUACCAUGAGAACUGAGCAGCUUCCUUGUUUGAGAGAUCAUUUUUAUGGUAUGUUGGUCUAGAUUUAGAAAGACUAAAUAUUGAUGCGCUUUAGAAUUUAAUAACAAAUAAACUGUGCACAGAGUAUAAACUGAUUGAUUACAAUAUGACAGGCAAAUUAAUAUUUUGCAAAUAUUUAGAUUAAAAUGUAAAAAAAAAAAAAAAGAACAAAUUUAAACAUAUAAAAUCUAACUGACUGAAAACUUGUUUAGGUUCAAAAGGACUCUGCUAGUUUUUAGACUCAGUUAUUGCACUGGAGAGUUGGCAAACAAUCAAUACAGUUCAUUGCAAAACCUGCCCUUGUUUACUUUGUACAUUUCCUUCUCUAUCCAUUAUUUGUUCUCUCUCUCGUCUAAAGGUUCCACCUGUGUAUAGGUGGCUUAUCAGUGUAGUUCUGAGCCACACCACCCCUCUUACUCCCAAUGUCAGCAGAAGGCGGGGGCUGCCUUAGGUUCAAUGUGUGAUGUUUGUCCACUCGGUGUACAAGUCUCCCUCAUCAGGCACCAACAGCAAGUCUAAUGUCUGAAGAGUUGGGGGGGAAAGUACCUGACACCUCAGUAUUGACUCUUAGUGGCUCAGCCUUUCCUCCUCCUUGAGGGAAACUGAGUUUUGAGGGGAAGUGGGACUACAUCUGUGCUACGCUCUACAUAAAACUCCCAGAUAUGUGCACAAAAAAAGAAAGUGUUUGCUUUUGUUGAAGAUGAUGGUUUUUUUUGAGGGGGAUCAUUCAUUGAUUGUGAUUUUGUUUUGAGUUACUAAAAGAUGUUAGUUUUUCCUUUUUGUCAUUCAUCAUUUAUUGGAUGUCCCCAUGCUCUCGCUCCUUUAAGAAAAAUAUGCUUGCAUUUGAAUUGGUGUUUGAAAAGAAAUUACACAGGCGAAAGCACAACAAUGAAUAAAAUUGAACGAGUUCUUUGCUUGAUAUUUAUUUCCCUUUUUUGUCAGUCUCUUUCCACUAUUUCUCUUUUUCUUUCUGUUCAAGACCCCAUUUAAUCCCAACCACCAGUGUCAGUAUCUCAGUAUUAACACGGAAAAAAAUAUUAUCAGCUCAUGUAUUUUUAAAUGAAUUAGGCCGGUGUACUUUGACCUUCACCCACAGAAGUUUUUUUCUCAGUUAAUGAAACUAGGCACACGAGACGGUGGAUGUCCCACAAUUUUCUGCCUCAGAUUGAAGAGAUGGUGCAUAAUAUGACGACUCUACUCUCAUAGCAGAGUGUGUAUUUAACUUAAUUUAAGAGUAUCUUGCAGUACUGGAUUGUAAGAACAAAGAGUGAUUAGAUUGUCUUUCAAUAUUAAAUGACAUUUAUGGCUGACAUGUCCCAAAUUAUAUUUCAUUUCACAUAAAAUGAUCUUCUAGACUAUGUAAUAGAUGGUAACAUCAUUAUGUGGUGGUGCAGAGGCUCAAUUUAGUUUUUGUUGUUGGUGUCAAAGUCAUAAACCUUCCCCAAGUGAACCAAAGGACAACAUUAAUAUAGGCCCCACUGCCUUUCCUUCAUGUAUUGACACUUUGUUUUGCCUUCUCCAGCCACGGUCUUGUUGCCAUGUCCGUGACUCAUUCCACACAGGAAACGGAGGCGUUCAGACUGUCAAUGUAUCUUCUAAUUUUCAAAUUCCAGUUGUGCUGCUGGCUUUACCGUCAUAUCUGCACAAAUUGUGACAUUGUUCAUUUGCAUAUUUUCUUUCCCCUUUUUGAUGAAUGUUUUGGAAUUGAGCCUGUGAACGGACACCUUGAGCUUUCUGUUGUACAAUUUUAUCUCAGUCUCUCUUGUCAGCAAAUGUGCUGGUGAAAUGCUUCAAUGUCUCUUUUCAGUAUGUGCUACUAACACUAUUGUCUGCUGGGAAUUGUUGGGAUAUUGACCUGGGAAAAAAAAAAUCUAUACCGUCUUUUCAUUUUAAGCCUCCAGCGUUAUAUUUUGUUAAUUGUUCAAAUAAAGGAUUGUGCAAAAAGCAGUUUGCUAAUGAAGUGCAGUCAUAAAACUA